AUGUCCUAUAGUGCCCUGUCGCUUAUCGAUCAGGAUCAAAUAUCGCAGCGGGUAUGGUAUUUAUGUGCACAGUUCUUAUCGGGGACGUUUUUCGUCCUGUUGCUAUCGGGUUCGAUAUCGAAUCACGCAUGUCACCUCACUAUGAACACCGCCUCUGUGGUUGAGCGGAAAAACGAGGAUCACAGAUGCCUCGUGUGUGGAGCGCAAGCUACCGGCUUCCACUUCGAUGCUCAGUCAUGCUCGGCUUGUGCGGCUUUUUUCAGGAGGACGGUCUCGUUAAAUAAGAAAUUCGUCUGUAUAGCAAAUCGAUCCGAUUGUCAUGUUCAUUACAGUAUGCAUCAAAUUUGUCGUUUUUGCCGAUUCGAGAAAUGUCUGAAGGCAGGGAUGAAACGUGCAGGAGUUCAACCCCGAAAAGCAAAUCAACAUCAGAGAAGGACAUUCUGCACAAAAUCUGGAUUGAAACGGAAUAAAAGAUUUGCUGUGGUGGCGCCGAUGUCCAGAGAAGAAGUGCAACAAGUUGAAGAGGUGACGGAACAUCCACAAACAUCCACGGAUAGCAGCUCAGCCGAUUGCACUCCGAUAGGGUCGCCAAUUGAGAAACCGAAGCCGAUCUAUCAUAACCACAACAGUCCUGCGAUCAGCAUAGCAUCACCACCUGCAUUCGUGAUGAAACAGGAGCAAAGUGAAGAUGUUCUUACUUGGCUUGUACGAGAAGAAAUGAAGCUGGGUGAAAGGAGGCGAAUUCUGUUCUGCGAGAGACCAGUGGACAAUCUGUUGGGACAAACUUCUUGCCCAUAUACUCGUGAGGAUAUCCGUCCAUUAUCGUUUCGGUCCUUCCGCAAGAGUAUCCGCACCCAUAUACUGCUCAUCUACGAAUGGCUUCAAGCAUGGCCAGACUAUCAAACGCUUGGAAACAAUGACAAGGUGUCGUUCCUUCGAAAAUGCGUUUUGUUCCACACAAUACUCGAUCCGGUGUAUAUUUCGAUAAAAAUAGGGUAUCCAGAUAAAUUUGUAAUGCAAAACGGUGGCUACGUUUCCUGCGUUGAAGGUUGUGAAGACGGUUGGCAAGGCGAGAAAGAAAUUUCUAUGGAUGUUAAAAAAUCGAUUUAUCUACCGCUGCUGAAAAAAAUAAUGUCAGAGAUCAUACCACCGAUGCUAAAUCUGGAUCUAUCGUUUGAGGAGUUUGUGGCGUUAAAAGCGUUCGUUAGUUGGCAAGGAGCAAUUUCCAAUGUUUCCAUGGAUGGUCGCGAUGCGAUGCGGCGACAAAUCGAUGCUAUAUCAAAAUCGUUACAUUCCCAUUAUGAAAGGAACAAUAUUUGUCCUGCAGAACGAAUGGGUUCGAUUAUUCUACUGCUCAGCUCUAUUUUUUCAACCGGUCUGGAUUUUGUGGUAAGCCAUCGACAAAUCGAAUUUUUUGAUCUAUGGCAUUUGGAUUCGCUGUUACUUCAAUUCCUCAAUCUGGAUUCUAUACUUUCUGAGCUGAAUAAUGCAUAA